AUGGCGCUCUACCUGCUCUUCGAGUCGGCGUCGGGGUACGCGCUCUUCCACGCCCAUGGCAUCGACGAGAUCGGGCAGAGCGUGGACGCCGUCCGCUCCACCGUGCUGGACCUCAAGCGCUUCAGCAAGGCCGUCAAGCUCGCCGGCUUCACCCCCUUCCUCUCCGCCGUCGACGCCCUCAACCAGUGCAACGCCAUCUCCGAAGGGAUCAUGACCGACGAGCUGAGGACCUUCCUGGAGCUCAACCUGCCCAAGGUCAAGGAGGGGAAGAAGGCCAAGUUCAGGGUCGGCGUCAUGGAGCCCAAGGUCGGGUCCCACAUCACCGAGGCCACCGGAAUCCCCUGCGAGUCCAACGACUAUGUCCAGGAACUGCUCCGUGCCGUGCGGCUGCACUUUGAUCAGUUCAUUGACCAACUCAAGCCAUCUGACCUGGAGAAGGCUCAGUUAGGUCUGGGGCAUAGCUAUAGCAGGGCAAAGGUCAAGUUCAAUGUGAAUCGUGUGGAUAACAUGGUGAUUCAAGCCAUCUUUCUGUUGGAUACACUUGAUAAGGAUGUCAAUUCCUUCUCCAUGAGAGUGAGGGAGUGGUAUGGAUGGCAUUUUCCUGAGCUGGUCAAAAUUGUGAAUGACAACUACCUUUAUGCUAAGCUUGCCAAGUUUGUAGUAAACAAAUCUGAUUUGUCUGAGAAAGACAUUCCAGCUUUAGCAGAUCUGAUUGGAGAUGAGGACAAGGCAAAAGAAAUUGUUGAAGCAGCAAAGGCAUCUAUGGGCCAGGACCUUUCACCAGUUGAUUUGAUCAAUGUCCAACAGUUUGCUCAAAGGGUCAUGAAUCUAUCUGAGUACCGUAAAAAUCUCUACGAAUAUCUGGUGACAAAGAUGAAUGAUAUUGCACCAAAUCUGACGUCAUUGAUUGGUGAAAUGGUUGGAGCUCGGUUAAUCUCUCAUGCUGGCAGUCUUUCAAAUCUUGCAAAAUGUCCUGCCUCCACUCUCCAGAUACUAGGUGCUGAGAAGGCGCUCUUCAGAGCUCUUAAAACGCGUGGAAACACACCGAAGUAUGGCCUCAUAUUCCACUCAUCUUUUAUUGGUCGUGCAUCGACCAAGAACAAGGGAAGAAUGGCUAGAUACCUGGCAAACAAAUGCUCAAUUGCUUCACGCAUUGACUGUUAUUCAGAUAUGAGUAGCUCGAUUUUCGGUGAGAAACUGCGUGAACAAGUGGAGGAGAGAUUAGACUUUUAUGACAAGGGUGUUGCACCACGCAAGAACCUUGAUGUAAUGAAAGCUGCAAUUGAGGAGGGUAUGACCAACGCAGUCUCAGAGGGUAAGGACAAGGAGAAGGAGAACGGUGACACGACUGCCAAGAAAAGUAAGAAAAAGAAGUCCAAAUCUGAGGCUGAUGGUGACGCCAUGGAUCUUGAUAAGCCUGCCAACACGGCCGCAGCAGAGGAAGGGACAGAGAAGAAGAAAAAGAAAAAGAAGCACAAGCUAGAGAAGCCCCAGGAUCAAGAGAUGGCGGCAGCCAAUGUCGACGGCGAGCAAGACGGGACUCCCAAGAAAAAGAAAAAGAAGAACCGUGACGCUGCAGAGUCUGUCGAGCCUAAGACGGCCACAGAAGGGAAGAAGAAGAAAAAGAAGUCGAAAACCGAGGCCGAUGACUAG